AUGACCGUCCACCCUCCUCCCACUCGUCUAGGUGACAUGGAGCUCCCUCGCUUCAAACCCGAUGCAAUACUGCGGCUCAAACAAUCUGCUCUCUACCUCGCCCGUAAAACAGCCCCAUACGCCGCAAAUCUUUCCACUCGACCCUUACUAUCCGAUGCCGAUGGCCCCUUCCUUCCCCUUCCUUCCCCUCUAGCACCUCAGCUCACAUCUCUAGGAGUCGAUGAGGUGUCUGCUCAUCGUAUUUCGUUGAGUCUGACGCGUGCAGCGUCAAAGCUGAAGGGGCUGUGCGAAGAAGAGUUCAAGCGUCGCCUUGCGACCCCAAGUCCUCACUUCAAUGAUUGUCAGGCGUUCGCUCGGAUACCAUCUGCCCUUAGUGCCAUUUAUGCUCGUGCUAUCCGGGAAUGGACGUCCUAUUUGCUCACAAACGUCGCCCCUCGUGUCCUCCAUAUACAAUCCUUGCGCAGGCAUACCGCACCAUCCGAUCCAGAUAACAAAGUGCCUUUCAACCACAAUGCGACUCCCGCAUUGGAGGCAUUUUUCGACGAGAAUGCGUUCCCGUCCCGUCUGGAGAAACACGAACUCGCAGUCAGAUGGGGCAUGCGGUAUCGUCAGAUCGACGUUUGGUUCCAAAACCGUCGGCGUCGCUUCAAGAAGGAAGGCAAGGAUCUCAAACAACGCCCUUCUGGCAAUGCGCUCUUGCAUGACCUGGAACAGGUCGUUGUGGAUACGUUAUUGCCUCUCGCAUCCGAAGACGAAGGAGUUCCUUCCGAGCAAGAGCGUAAUGGGCAGUCGUUUAGUGACAUCCCCGCUUUCAAUCUGGAGGUGCCAGCACACGCAUUCCCCAACCCAUGGCCUCCCACGCUUACCGAAGAACCCGCCGGUUGGAUGCGGUAUCCGAGACGCGCCUACACCGACGCGAUCAGGCACCGUCGUGUCAUCGAGGGCGUCAUCGACAUGCUCUUGGUCCUCCCUGGCAACCAGCCCUAG